AUGAUCGACGAACCGAGCCCCAAGAGGUCUACGCCAUCUACCAAGCAGGCCAUCCGAGGAAUCAUUAUCCCAACCGCCGCUGUUGGUGCAUCGGCUCUGCGAAAGCCGUAUCCCAAGGUCAUAUCCUUCACGCUGCCUGCCCAAAAGGCAGGCACUGACUUCAAAGGAAAAUUUGGGGAAGCUGCUGAUGACCCGGGUGAGACUUAUCGUGCUUUAGUCACGCGAGUCUUCAAUGAGCAGCUUGAGCCCCUCGAAAAGUCGGUUAUUGAUAUUAGCUCUGCUGCUGCCACCAAGGAAGCAGGUGCCAGAUUGAUGUGUGAUGCGGUUUUGAAGCACGAGAGCAACCCGCCCGAGAAGCCCAUCAAAGGAAAGCUUUUCUUCCUAGAGACGGGCAUCCUGUUCCAGUCCGAGACAACUGUUCUGUUCUUGACGGCUGAGUCCACCCCGGCCACCUUUCUCGUCUCCAAUUACGAGCCUUCAUCCAAACGGCCUGGGCCGGUCAAUCUCACACUUGUCUGCCCUACCUCAGAGCCAUACUACGACAAAGCGCAUGAAAGUGAGCAGAGUGCUUCUAAACAGCACGAAACGGCCGAGCCCCUGUUUAUCAGCUUCCACGACAUCAGCCUUGAUAUGUCCGAUAGAAUUGCUCAGUACGCGAAGCGUCACGGCAUCAAACUAGAUGAGGUCGAGCAACACUGGUACAGCCUCAAACAGGACCAGCCGAUGUCUAGCUGGAUGCCACGGGGAAUGAUGCCCAGGUCAUGA